CUGAUGAUCAUGAGUUUGUAAGAAAGAGUUGUUCUUCAUGUUUGUUUCUGAUGUGGGCUACUGAGACUUGAUUGCCUCAACUGAAUUGCAUGUUGAUGAUGAAUGGAUUCUGGUCAUCUUAGUUUUACCGGAACAAAGAUGAUGAAUUCUGGACUUCUUCUUCUUCUUCUUGUCUUUUGGGGUUUCCAUAUAUGGAAUGGAGCUCAGAGGACUUUCUUUCUGUAAAGAGAGAAUCCUGUGUUCCUUCAUUCUUGUUUUUCUCAGACUUCCCCACAUUUUUUGGGCUCCUAUUCAUCAGAAGAAUUAUUAAAUAUUUUACGGCUAAAAACCUCUUACUAUCUCUUUUGGUGAUUUAUAUGAUCUUGUAUUGUUUACUGGAGCUGUUAAUGCAAGAAUUUUGUCAGAAAAAAGAUGUGGGUCUUAGGUUGCAAGAAUAGGAAAAGGGAUGUUGUUGGAUCUGCUUUUUAUCCAUAGUGGGAUUCGGAUAUCAGUUUUUCUUUUUUCCUGCCUCUGGUGCAUCAUUUUCACAUUGACAAGAUCAGCCUGCAUUUUCUGAGUUCCACUUUUUCUUUCUCUCCAGCUACCAAAUAGUUUCAAUACAGUCCUCGAAGAAGAUCUCUUUGUGAUGGUUUAUCUUCCACUUGGCCUUUUUCAGCUGGCACCAACAAUUUUUGAAGGAGUGCCGUGCAACGAUGGCUUCUUUUUAUCCUAGUGAAGGAGAUAUGCUUCCUACUUCAUAUAUGCUGAAUCAGAAACUUCCUUCUUAUCCGUCAUCUGAAAUUGCUAACAAUAAGGUAUAUGUCAGCCAGCCUUCGGCUACUUUAUCCUAUGCGAAUUUGUUGUCUGGUAGCUCUCUGUCUACUCAUGAACUUGUCGAAGCUGAAUCUGUUGGAAGCAGAGACGAAAUGGUGUUUAUCCCUCCUAAUAGUGUUCCAACGGGAAUGCAACAAAUUGAUAGGCAGUUGAACUUUACUCCUCGUUAUUCAGAUGGCAAUACAGUCAUAGCAGAUACUCAUAUAUUUUCUAAAGAAUCAGUGAAUGUCAACAGUUCUGAACCAAUUCCACAAUAUCAUGGUUUAUCUCUUAGCUUGGGAUCUCAAGAACCGCCACUCGUGCAGUUGCAUUCAGAUUUGAGCCAGUACACGAGCUCUAGUCUCUGUUCAUUGUUAAGUUCCGAUAUGCAAUCAGAGCUCCAGCUCUCUCAAAAUAAUAACCUCAAGAGUGUGCAGUACCUAUCUUUCGAUUUGGCUGGAAAGACUCAGGAGACGGUGAAAUAUGGAGCUAUUAACAAUUUUGGGAACUUGAUUAGCUCCAAAGAAACGAGCUUUAUACCGUCUCCGCAUCAAGCACCGGAGUUCACAGGAACAUUUUGCAACUCCAAGUAUCUUAAAGCAGCUCAAGAUUUACUCAUUGAAUUGGUAAGUGUUCAUAGAGCUCCCAAACUGUUGGAAAAAUUCCGAAACAUGAAUGGUCAGGAUAGCUCCACAGGGACAGAUUUGAAACGGGACGGGUUCUCUGCUGAGCUUCAGGAGUCAAGUAACAAUGCUCCUCGUGAUCUUUCCCCUUCUGAACGCCAUGAACUGCAGAAUAAGCUGACAAAACUAUUGUCCAUGUUAGAUGAGGUGGAUAGAAGAUACAAACAAUAUUGCCAUCAAAUGCAAGUAGUCGUAUCAUCAUUCGACAUGGUGGCUGGGCGUGGUGCUGCAGUGCCAUACACGGCCCUUGCCCUUCGAACAAUCUCCCGUCAGUUCCGCUGUUUGCGUGAUGGAAUCAAGAAGCAAAUUCAAGCUACUCAGAAGAGCUUAGGAGAGCAAGAUGUUAAUUCACAAGGUGUCCUAUCACGUCUGCGCUAUGUGGACCAGCAACUGAGGCAACAAAAGGCACUUCAGCAGUUUGGAGUGAUGAGACAACCUUGGAGGCCACAGAGAGGCUUGCCUGAAACUGCUGUCUCAAUACUUCGUGCUUGGCUUUUUGAGCAUUUUCUUCACCCUUAUCCUAAAGACUCUGAGAAGAUUGUUCUUGCAAGGCAGACAGGAUUGACCAGGAGUCAGGUGGCGAACUGGUUUAUCAACGCACGUGUACGUCUCUGGAAGCCCAUGAUCGAGGAGAUGUACAAGGAGGAGUUUGGGGAUGCAGAAACUGAACCAAGAUCGUCACCAGAACAUGCAACUACAGCUCAAGAGACUUGUGCUUUUGAUGACAGAGAGGAAGAGUUCCAGGGGAACUUAUUCACUGCAGCCGCAAACAGCAAUCAACCAAUGCAGUCCAAUGAGUCAAGGCCUGAUUUCAUGUCCAGUGGACACUUGGCCUAUGAGAAUGGACCUUAUCAAGGUAAUGAAGUUAAUUUUAGGCUAACUCAUAUGCCAAACGAACAAAUUGUUAGUCUGGCUGGGAAUAGCAUUUUUUCUGAUAAUAAUGCAUCAACCAACAAGACUGGUGACGAGAACGUCAUAGAUGGUAACAUUGGAAAUCAAGUAUCGCUUGCACUGGGGUUGCAGCAUAGCGAGAAAGAUUCUAAGUCGACAGCAGAUGGAGUUGAGGCAAAAGGGAACGACGCAACAUCUUCUUCCAUGGUUCUUGACAAAAUGGAUUAUUAUUACGUGGAUCCGGUGAAUAAUCAGAACAGGUUUGGCAAUAGUCAUCUCUUGUCUGAUUUUGUGGCAUGAUGAAAAGGGUGGUUGAUGAGAUAUAUUUCUUGGCAAGUUCACAAAUCAAAUAAUUUUGUGUAGAAAUGAUGGAAAAGUCCAGAUUAAGAAGGUAGGGGUGUGUGUGUGUUGAUAGUCUGUUUUGUAUAGCAUGUAAAGUUGUUGAAACACUUGUUUGUAAAGGGAACCUUAUACCUGUUCUUGUAUGUUAGGGUUAUACAGCAAAUCUGCAUACUAACUAAAGUGAAUGUUGGAGAGGAAUUCUUUGUAAUAAGUGAAUGUGUAAUUUUUCCUUGCA